GAGCACGCGAAAAUGUGAUGAAGUGUGCGAUACAUGUAAAGAAAAUUUCUUUCGUGGCCUGUAGGACAGUAUGGACCCAGCGCUAGAACUGGUCAUCCCCCAGCUAAUUUCAGCUGUGGAGACGAUAAUGAGCCCCAGUGUCACACCACAACAGCGAUUAGAAGCACAACAGGUUUGUCAGAACUUCAAAGAAUCCUCCCCCCUUUGUGCCAGUUGUGGUUUAAUCUUGGCGAAGAGGGAACAGUCACAUAUAGUGCGUCAUUUUGGCCUACAGCUAGUGGAGCAUAGCAUCAAGCACAGUUGGAAUGACAUGUGUCAAGAAGAUAAAGACUCCAUGAAGGCGAGUUCUCUGGAACUCAUAGCUGCUGGAACGGACUACAUAUUGGAAGAGCAAAGCCACAUAAAAGAUGGUGUCUCCCGAGUGGUUGUGGAAGUAGUGAAGAGGUCCUGGCCCCAGAUGUGGCCAUCUUUGCUGAAAGACUUAACUGAUCUCUGUCAACUUGGGGAAACACAAUCAGAAAUUGUGUUGUCAGUUCUUCUUCGCUUGGUGGAGGAUGUUGUGGCAUUUCAGAAUCUGCCCAGUCAACGCAGACGUGACAUUCUGCUAGGGUUGACCUCCAGUAUGGCAGACCUGUUCUCAUUUUUCCUCAAUCUGCUCCAACAACACACAAGGAAAUACACAGAGCUGAAAGGCAGUACCGAGAAGGAGUGCAUUAUACAGGCUGCAGCACACUGUAAAGUCAGUCAGGCUGUGCUCAGUUGUCUCUCCGGUUAUGUAGACUGGGUCAACAUGUCCCACAUCCUGGAGAAUAACGGACUCUUACUUCAAAUGUUGUGUCUUCUUCUGAGUGAAGAGAAGCUGCAGGUGUAUGCUGCAGAGUGUCUGCUUCUCAUUGUCAGCAGAAAGGGUCAGGUUGAAGAGAGAAAGCCCCUGUUGAUUCUCUUCAGUGAAGAUGCCAUGAACACAAUUCUUAAUGCUGCUGGGUCAGCCAGUUCGUCGUUAGAUGAAUACUAUUAUCUCUUCCUAAAGAAGUUGUGUCAAGUUCUGACAGAGAUUGGCAAACAGCUUUGUGCUGUCUGGGGUUCAGCUGAAGGAGUAUGCAGGCCACCUAACUUUGAGAAGUAUCUCCAGUCAGUCCUGGCAUUCACCUUACACCCCAGUCAGAUGCUUGGUAGUUUUACUCAGUCCUUGUGGGCAUCUUUUCUACGUCAUGAAGUUAUAUCUCAAGAUUCUGUGGUGUUAUCCUUCAUACCUAAACUAAUGGAAACAGCCACAAUCACAUUGUUAAAGGUUGGCUUUCCAAGUCAGAUAAAUUCCCCAAGCUGCGACUUUGCUAGGCAGGAUUUUGACAGCGAUGAAGAUUUCAAUGCCUUCUUCUCAAAGUACAGGGCAGAGAUUUCUGAGACGAUCAGAUUAUCAACACGCCUGGAGCCCAGCUUUACCUUUGGCUUUGCAGUGCAGUGGCUUGAUGUCUUACUCAAGAAACCUGUAGAUGCCGGAACAGCGACGGAGAGUGGUAACUGUAACUUGAGCUCCCCUUCUUUUCUGGAAUGGGACGCCAUGACUGUUUUCCUGGAGAACAUGAUGACCAAGCUGCCGUCCGUAACUGGGGACACCAGCUAUAUGCAGGAGGGUAUCCGUCUGCUCAAGACAGUCUUUGUCUACCAAACACAGGACCCCCUAAUAUUGUCAUCACUGCUGUCUUGCAUUUCUGCAUUAUUUGUUUUCCUUACUUCGGCCCCAGAAAUAUUACCAUCUCUUCUGGAUAAGAUUUUUUCUUUGGUUGUCUUCAACAUUCCUGGUCAGACGAAGUCAACAAGAAGCAAAGCAGUGAAGAAUGUCAGGCGUCAUGCAUGCUGUGUGCUAGUGAAAAUCUGUAAACAGCACCCUGAUUUGUUACUGCCAGCCUUUGAUCAGCUGUGUACCCAUAUCUCCUCAAUCAGUGGAGACCCAGAUCAGCUGUCACAGAUGGAGAAGUGCACCCUCAUGGAGGCCCUAAUACUCAUCAAUAACCAGUACCAGAACUUUGAGAAACAGUCCAGGUUUAUAGAGACUAUUAUAAAGCCAGUGAAGACCAUGUGGUUGUCAGAGGAAUUCAAACAGGCAUUCUGGGACCCCGGGAAGUUCAUGUGUUAUGUGGGCUUAGACCAGCCUCCAGUGGAGCCCAGUAGUGAAGAUGUCAGUGGCAUCAACAGAUCUCAUAUUACAUACUGUAUCAGCACAAUGUUAGCUGUCCUGAAGCGGAGCACGUGGCCAGAUGAUUCCCAGGUUGCCCAAGCUGGAGGGUUCCAGGUCAACACAGCCGGAGGUUCCACAGUCCUCAGGAACCCUGCAACAGACCAUAUCAUACAGCUGAUGGAAAACCUUCUGAUCCUCAUGAGAACCCUCAAUGCUCUGUGGAAUGCUGAUAAUGUGAAACUGCGCCACCCAGAUUUCACCAAAGCUUACGAUCUGCAGGAUGCUGAUAAACAGGCCGUGUUAGGAAUCAAACCUCCGUGUAUUGACAACACAGACCUGUCAGCUAACAAAGGACCGCUGGAGAGAAUGCAGAAUUUCUUCUCUAACAUACAUGACUGCAGUUGUCACAUUCUGGGUAAUGCGGGCCAGUGUUUGGGCUAUGAGUUCUACGCAGUGCCUGGCCUGGCUGAAAUGUUCCUAAAGACCGUUUUCCUGGGACUGGACCACAUUCCUGACUACAGGCUAAGGCCAAUCAUUCGCUCUUUCCUGAAGCCUUUGAUAUUGCACUGUCCAUCAGAGUUCCAUUCCACCAGUAUCGUCCCCCUGCUGGCCAGUCUAUGCCCUUAUAUGUUUCAGAGGCUUGAAUCUAAGUGGCAAGUGAUAAAUCAGCGAUCUGAAAAUAGUGCUGAUGAUGAUGUUAACCCAGAAUCUCAGGAGGUGUUGGAAGACCAGUUGUCACGACAACUUACCCGGGAAUACAUUGAUUUGCUUGCCACAGUGUUCCAUUGCCGCCGCACUGGCACAACACACAGUGAUGACAACGUGAUGGAUGAGGACUUCACAGUGACGCAUCAGCAGUCAAAGGAUGACUGCCUGAGUGAGCUGGGUCAGCUGGUCAUGAAACAGGAGUCAGUUUACCCGUCAGUUAUACUAUGUGUGUACAACGGACUAAAGUGGAAUGACUCUCAAGUGUGUAACAAGUGCAUCAAUCUGUGCUGGUCCCUCGUUAAACAGUUAUUGUCACAAGGGGAGGUAAUCCAGGACCUGGCAGUGUUCCUGUUCACCACAGUACUCCAGGGGCUACAGUUACACGGCCAACAUGAGGGUAUACAGGCGAGCUUACUAACCCUGGGACUACAGCUGUAUGAGGCUUUGAGGCCUUUGUAUCCACCCAUGAAUGAAGUGCUGAAACAAAUACCCAAUGUGAAAGCUGAGGCAAUCCGGUCAUUUGAUGACAAACUAUUACAGACCAGUCCACAGAAACAGUUGACAGAUAAGAAAAAGAAAGAGGCAUUCAAAAAACUUGUCACAGAUAUUAUAGGGAAAAAUAUUGGACAGCAUUUCAAGGAAGACAUUCAUAUCAAAAACCUGCCAACUAUCUUUCGGGCAACUAAAAAAGUGAAGUCUGUCAUUGAGGAAGUGACAAAUGGAGAGGACGCUGGGAUAUGUGCGUUGUUCAAACCUGAUGAUGUGAAACCCACCAAUGGAGUGAAAGUAUUAUGACACGGUCAAGAAUUCUCAGUAGCUGUUACAGUGUGAAAAUACUUGAGGUAACUGUACCUGAAUGAUGUAUGGUGGCUCUCACACAUCAAGAGGGUUUUUGAUGUAAGAGGCAAAAAUCCGAACAGAACAUGUUGGUUGAAAAAAAAAAUGUGGAAAUAACAAAUAGAUGAAUGAGAUUGGAAUACAGAAGUACAGAUGGCCCAAUCUACAUGUUUGUUGGGAUUUGUGUUCAGGGCACUUUCUAUAAUAAUCUUUAAGUUCUGACUACUUUUCCCCAAAAACAAAAAAAAACAAAAAACAGGUCAGGUGUACCAUGGGAAUUUAUGUGAAAAUUACAUGUUUUAAAUUGAUUUAAUUUUUACCCUACUGUCCUCCAGACAUUACAAGCAGAAGUGUGCCAAUAUGAUUGGAGGGAUUCCAUGUGUCAAUUAUCAAAGAACGAUUAACUCAGUGUAAUUUUUGAUAAAUAUGGAGGCUAGUGUUAAUGGGUUAUAGCUGAAUACAUCUUUAUGUGCAUUUGAGGUCAGGUGUUUGUCAGCCUUUUAAAGACUAUUCCUUUAUAUUAAAGUGCUUGACCUUCUGAAAGUAUCUGGCAUAAUAAUCUCACAUUAGGUGAAUGCCUUUCAAUUUUGUUUGCUAGAAACUUUUACUGGGUCUGAGUACAUUUCCACAGGGAGGAUAUUUUUUUAAGACAUUGUUUAUACAGUAAAUGAAAGAGAUGUGUUCAAGAUAGCAAGAGGACUUUUUAAUCUUUCUAGCUUGCACAUCAGUGGAAAGAAAUCCUAACUGACCAGUUUGUCCCUUCACUUUGACCUUGCAGCUUUGCCUGAAGGUCAAGCACCUCAGAUAAUUUAUUUUAAGCCCUGUGCUACAGUGCUGACCGUUGAGCCACCUGUAUGGUGCAAAUAUUUAUUUUUAAAGCCUCUGCUAAAAGAAGAAGGCAGUAUCCAAAUGUAUUAUCUUUGUAUCAAGCUUACUUGCCCACCUGAGUUGUGAAAGACCUCAAUGAAAUCAAAACAACUUCGUAUCUGAAAUAAAUUUCAGGAAUUUGCCUCUUAUACAUAUAUAUACGCAUUGCUGCUGUAUCAUUUCAUUUUUUUCAUAUUAUUUAUUUUAGCUGAUAUACAUGUAUGGUAAGAAAAUUAUAUUUAUAAAAUUUUUCUGCCAAAUAUGUGAUUGAUUCAGAAGAGGCUUCUACAAAGAGUACUAGGCAGUGUUACUUUCCUGCCUGAAUGCAUGAUUGGAGCUGCGGAAAAUCUGUACAGUAGUCGAGCCACGCAGACUUUACAUAUGUCUCAGAAUGAGGAUGAUUUUAAGAUUUAAACCUGUCUUAGCUUUUAAUAAACUUGUGAGCAAGCUGCCCCUGAUAUGUUUAGUAUUUACGUACACGUCACGUUAUGCAUGAUUGGUUUGAUAUGUAGGCACAAGGACAGAAGGUGGUUGUGAUGUGACCAAAUCGAUAUUAGAAGUUCUCUUGCCGCUAAAUUCCACACCUCUUCACAAUAUAUUGGCAGUUAUGUCAGAAUAUAUGUAUGAAAUUACUCACUGUCUGGCAUUCGCUGGUGGCAUUGCUUGAAAUGUGACAGCAGAAUAUCUGCUUGGUUAGAUACACCCGUCAUUUACAACAGGCAAUCGUCUCCUUUCUUCUAUAUACAGACGAAAUUGUGCAUUAUGUAUUCAUGGAAAUUUAAUACAUUAAAUUAUUUC